GCGCGCACAUCGCAUCUGGCGCGUACUCGUUCGUAUCACGGCGCGGCUAAUUCACACAAUUCAUAGCUAUUAUUUACAUUUAAGCGUCUAUAACCUGUCAUAAUUGCUCAAUGGCAUGUAAAAGUGAUUCGCAAACCUAUUUCGAAAUCAAAGAAAGGACAGACUACAAAAAUAAUUCCACGUGUAAACAUUUUUGAGUGCACAUAAAUAUACACACUCUUAUAAGUUAUUCUUUAUCUAUUAUCUUAUGCGCAUAAAACAAAACUACAGCCAAAAUGGACAGAACUAUGUAUGGAAAGUUUGAUCCAGGUGCAAGGCAACCGUAUCGCACAAUUCGAGCCAAAGGAAUACAACCCGGAUAUGCACUUCUUGCCGAUCUGCAAAACAGCGUGCCAGGCAACCGCCAACCACAGUAUAGUACCUCAAAUGUCAACUACGGCGAUAGCUCAGGUUAUGGAAGUUUGCGCGGAAAGGCAGCGCCACCAUCUGUAGUACAUCAGGAACACUACAGCGUUACCGAGAGAAAUUCGGUGUCACCCACGCGCACUGUUGGUGACUAUAAUGGCUUGGGAGCGCCUCCGGUUGGGCAGUCGUACAAUUAUCAAAAUCAGGGUUCUCUUGGACGAUCCGGUGGUCCUUACAAUGGAACUUCAGUGCAACAAAAUUCCAAGAACCUAUCAGAACUGGAUUCACUUCUGGAAGACUUGAGCAAUGCGAGAUAUAAUAGUAGUUAUGAGAAAAAAGAAAACAUAGUGCCAACGAGUUAUAAUUCCGUCUCCAAGUAUAACACUUACAAUUCCAGCGAUAAGCGGCCAACAAUUGAUAGUCUUCUUAGUGAAAUGGACAAUGCCUCAAACUAUGCGGUACCCAAUGGCCUUACUAAGUCGCCGACUCCUGGCCGGCACAUUAGCAUUACAGUGCGUGAGACAAAAACGGAAACUCUGGAACCGGAUGGACCAGUCGGUCUUAUUGAAAAGGAAAUUGUUCAGCAUCAAGACACGUAUUUGCCAAACAAAGCGGCGCCUUCUGGGUAUGCGUCAUCUGCCACUAAGGAGUUGGACGACCUAAUGGCAUCUUUAUCUGAUUUUAAGGUCAAUAACGGCUCGAACCAUCACCACCAAACAGUUACCGAUUACGCUAAACCGAAUAAAGGUGUGUCACAUUUAACACAAACAAUCACUGAAACCACUACUUCUACCGUCGUAGAAGAUAACGAGCCAGAUCAGUUGGAUUCUAUGCUUGGUAGUCUACAAGCCAAUAUGAGCCGCCAAGGAGUCAACACCGUGCAAAAGGGCUGCUGCAAUGCCUGCGAAAAACCUAUUGUGGGCCAAGUGAUCACAGCUCUGGGCAAAACCUGGCACCCGGAGCACUUCACAUGCAACCACUGUAAUCAGGAGCUGGGCACACGCAACUUCUUCGAACGCGAUGGAUUCCCCUACUGCGAACCGGAUUACCACAACUUGUUCAGUCCACGUUGUGCAUAUUGCAAUGGUGCUAUUUUAGAUAAAUGCGUGACAGCUUUAGACAAAACAUGGCACACAGAGCACUUCUUCUGUGCACAGUGCGGACAGCAAUUCGGCGAGGAUGGCUUCCAUGAACGCGACGGCAAACCUUAUUGUCGCAACGACUAUUUUGAAAUGUUCGCGCCGAAGUGCAAUGGCUGCAACCGGGCCAUUAUGGAGAACUACAUAUCGGCACUAAAUUCGCAAUGGCAUCCUGAUUGUUUCGUCUGUCGGGAUUGCCGGCGGCCGUUCCAAGGCGGCUCUUUCUUCGAUCACGAAGGUUUGCCCUAUUGUGAGACACACUACCAUGCUAAGCGUGGCUCCCUCUGUGCCGGCUGUUCGAAACCCAUCACUGGUCGCUGCAUUACUGCCAUGUGCAAGAAGUUUCAUCCGGAACACUUUGUGUGCGCCUUCUGUCUGAAACAGCUCAACAAAGGCACUUUUAAGGAACAAAACGACAAGCCAUAUUGCCACGAGUGUUUCGAGAAAGUUUUCGGAUAAAAACAUUAGCUGAGAUUGAAAAGCCACAGUCACGAACAGUCAUUUUCGAAGCAUAUGUAUUGCUAUUUACAUACACAUAUACAAUAUAUUACGUAUGUAGAUUGUGAUGUUACUUCUUUUGAUGAAAAUAUGGAUUUUUUAUUUUACAAAAAGUUUACUUACACUUUUUGUAAUUUAUGAUUUAUUUCCAUAUUAUUAAUUGCAUUUUCGCCACCCAAAUUGCAACGAUUUCGGAGAGAAAUUUCUAAAGGCAUACAAUGUUUUUUUGCCGAUUCUAUAGCUAAGAAUUUACUAGAAUCUUUAAUAAAUUGACGUUUUUUUAUUAAAUUUUAAUUGCUUAAUAUAACCAAUUUUAAAUGUUAUGCCGACCAAAUAUUAAACAUCGUAUUAUUAGGAUUUUUCUACUUUUUUUCGUUGUAAAUAUAUUAACAAAUUUGUUUAAAAUUUGUAAACUGUAACGUUUAUAAUUUCUUGUUACUAAACAUAACAAUUACACGUAAACACUGUAAAGCGUAUGGAUUUGCAAAGCUGUGCACGGUCCCUUUUAUAAAUUUGUUGACUAAAUCAUCGUUUAAUAUCCGCACAAUCAAAAUUAGAAUCAAGCUUCCAAGUAUUGAAAACAAGUCUAAAAGUUGUUUGUAUACAACGGGACUGAAAGUUAGCUGCUCCCCAAAGGAGCAAGUACGGAGCAGUACAAAA